AUGCCAGACGAGAAACUUCAAUCCUACCUCGCAGCACACUACCUCUCUGGCCCCAAAGCGGACGCCAUCCUGGCGCGCAGCGCGGAAGGCAAACCCAAACGCAAGAAGAAGCGCGCCGACGCCUCUUCCUCCUCAGCUUCUUCUGGUCUCGUAUUUAAGGACGACAAUGAUUCGUGGAAGGCAGGUGUCGCGGAGGACGACGAGGAGGGACCGGUGACGCAAGAUGUUCAUGAUGCCAGCGCUCCCGGUCGGGCCUUUCGAAAGGUUGGAUCGUCGAGCAAACGAACCGUCGAAGAAGCGACGACAGCCAGUGUACCAGAGCCGACCGAGUUCAAAGCGGGUCUUCGGAGCAAAGAAGAGAUGAAAGCGGCGCGGUUGGCACGUGAAGCUCGUCGUCGCGAAGCACCCCCCACCACCACCGUCGACCUUGCCACACCUCCUGGACCCGAGGAAGAAGAGCAGCAGACGGUAUACCGCGACUCGUCAGGUCGCGUCAUUGACAUUGCCGCCCACGAAGCGCAACUCAAGCAGCUCGAGCGCGAAGCGCAACGCAAAACCUCCGAGCGAGCCACCUGGUCCCAAGGACUGGUGCAGAAGCAACAGCGCCAAUCGGACGCAGCCGCCCUCGCCUCGGUCUCAUCCCAAACCGUUGCGCGGCGCGCCACGGACGACGAAUUCGAUCGCCACUUCAAGGAUCAGCUCAGGGAAGACGACCCGGCGUUGGCGUUCCUGACCAAGAAGAGGGCGCAAGGACCGACGAAGCCCAAGUACAAGGGUGGCUGGCCGCCCAACAGGUUCGGCAUCGCGCCUGGCUACAGGUGGGACGGCGUGGAUAGAGGGACCGGGUUCGAGAAGGCGUUUUUCGAGCGAAAGAACGCGCUAGCGAGGAGAGAGCAGGAGGCGAGAGCUUGGGGCAGGGAAGAUAUGUGA